CUGAAGCGACCAGGCAGCAAGAGCCGCGGCGGCGGCGGCGGCGGCGGCAGCGCUCCGGGCAGCGGCUGGGACUCGCCCUGGCGUCCGAAGAGCAGCGGUAGCAGCAACGGCGGCGGCGGCAGGCGGGGGCCAGCCAGACUUCAGCCCUUCCCUGCCAGCAUGGAGAUCGAGAAGGAGUUCCAGCGCCUGGAUCAGGAGGACAGCUGGGCCGCCAUCUACCAGGAAAUUAAACAUGAAGCCAGUGACUUUCCAUGUAAAAUGGCCAAACACCCGAAAAACAAAAAUCGCAACAGGUACAGAGAUGUCAGCCCCUUUGACCACAGCCGAAUUAAGCUGGAGCAAGGUGACAAUGAUUAUGUCAAUGCAAGUUUGAUAAAAAUGGAGGAGGCAAACAGAAGUUAUAUCCUUACACAGGGUCCACUUCCAAAUACUUGUGGUCACUUUUGGGAGAUGAUUUGGGAACAGAAAAGCCGCGGAGUUGUCAUGCUGAACAGAGUGAUGGAAAAGGGAUCAAUAAAAUGUGCACAGUAUUGGCCACAAAAAGAGGAGAAAGAAAUGUUCUUUGAAGAUACAAACUUCACAUUGACCUUAAUAUCAGAAGAUGUAAAAUCCUAUUAUACAGUCCGACUAUUAGAACUGAAGAACCUCAUAACACACGAAACGCGAGAAAUUCUGCAUUUUCAUUACACGACGUGGCCUGACUUUGGAGUCCCAGAAUCUCCAGCUUCAUUCCUCAACUUCCUGUUCAAAGUGAGAGAAUCGGGGUCCCUGAGUCCUCAGCAUGGUCCCAUUGUGGUGCAUUGCAGUGCUGGAAUUGGAAGAUCAGGAACUUUUUGUCUGGUUGAUACUUGUCUUGUCUUGAUGGACAAAAGGAAAGAUCCUUCUUCUGUCGACAUUAAACAGGUUCUUUUAGAAAUGAGGAACUAUCGAAUGGGGCUUAUACAAACAGCAGACCAACUUCGCUUCUCAUACUUGGCUGUUACAGAAGGAGCCAAAUUUAUUAUGGGCGAUUCUUCGGUACAAGAGCAAUGGAAAGAACUCUCUAAUGAAGAUUUGGAUCCACCACCAGAACAUACUCCUCCACCUCCAAGGCCACCCAAAAGAACCUCUGAAAUGAAUAAUGGAAGGGUGCAUGGUGAUAUGGAAGUUUUAUCAAAGCAUCCAAGGGCUGAGGAAGAAAUCAAGUAUGCUGCCAGCGCUUUGGAAGCCAGUGUUCUGGAUGGCAGAGCUUGUUCCUCUGAGCAGCAGGUUAUAGAGAGCACCAGUCCAGAUAUUACGCUUAGGAAGAGAACUGUUGAUGCUUCACCGUGCAAUGAUGAAAUUUUGAAGCCAGAAGAAGAGGAUGAAGAGAGCGUGAUGACAACUUGGAAACCAUUCCUGGUCAACAUCUGCAUGUUCACUGUUCUGACAGCGGGUGCAUACCUCUGUUACAGAGUGUAUUUUCAUUGA